UAGGGAUGCAUCCCCAUCACACUACUUGAUGAAGUUUGAUCUUUUUACAAACUAUCAGAGAAUGAUAUUGACAUGUAUGAAUCAAAUGAAUUUGAGGCCUGCGGCUAUAAAUGGAAGUUGAUCAUCUAUCCCAAUGGGGAUGACAGGAUAGAGGGAAACGAUUACAUCUCUGUCUACUUGGCCAUUGCGAAUGACAGCUCCUUACCUGGUGGUUGGGAGGCUAAUGCUGUGUUUAGCUUCUUUCUGUUUAAUCGACUUUGUGACAACUAUCUUGUUAUACGUGGUCAAGUGCGGCGAUUUCACAAGGUCAAGUCCAAAUGGGGUUUCUCCAAGUUUAUCUCUCACAAAGCACUGAAAGAGCAGUCCAAUGGAUACCUUGUCGAUGACAGUAUCAUUAUCGGAGCUGAGGUAUUCGUCGUCAAGAGCCAAGGAGUUGGUGAAUGUGUGUCGAUGUUGGAAGACAUCGAGACUAAUAAGCACGAAUGGAAGAUCUCCGAGUUUUCAAAAUUAGGGGAUUCUUGUUAUCUAAAGAGUUUACUGUUGGGGAUUACAAAUGGUAUGUCAUUGAUGUCAGAGGCGGAUUCAGGAUUUAAAUUCUAUCGGUUCAGUUGCACCUGGAAAAUUUUGCUUCGUCCUAACAGUUGUGUUUGUCAAAGGGACCAAAGCAUCUCUAUCUAUCUUAUAUUAGUUGAUGCUGAGGGAUUUGGUUGCCGAAAAAGGGUUAAGGUAGAAUACACCCUUUUUGUCAAAGACCAGAUUAAUGGUGAACAUCACAAGAAAGAUUUUUCAAGUUGGUUUUCAGCUGUUAGUGACAGUCUGGGUUUGCAUGCAUUUAUGCCGCAACAUGAAUUAAAGGAUCCAAAAAGAGGCUUCCUUGUCAAAGAUUGCUGCAUUGUCGAAGCAGAUGUUUCUAUCAUUGGUGUUGUUAAUGGCCUAACCUAAUUGUUGUUUAUCUAUUUAACAAGCAAAUAUUGAAA